CUUCCUGCAGUGUUGUUGGCGGGCAGAACGGGAUCGGUGCUGGUUGUUAGCGACGCUGGGGCUAUUGUGUUGUUGCACAUUGAGAGAAAGUCGACGCAAAGCACGGCACACUCACUCCUUGGGUACCUGUGUGUCGCCACUGACGCGUCUCCGGCUUGCUUCUUGCCUACAACAGGUCAAAUAACGUUGUUUUCACUCGGGCCUACCGUAAGCCCAUACGAGCGCUCCGAAGAUUUCUCUGUAAAGGCGCCCUCAGCAGACGUCAAGCUGGCGACCGUAGCAGGAAAGAAGGGCAAGAAGGCCGAGGAGGAGGAGCAGCCUGCAGCACCUCCUGCAGCUGCAGCAGAAGCAGCAGCAGCAGCAGCGGCACCACCAACACCUGCUGCCGCCGCCACAGCAGCAGCAGCAGCAGCAGCAGAGGAGGAGGAGGAAGAAGAGUAUGUAGUGGAGAAGGUUUUGGACCGCAGAGUGGUGAAGGGAAGAGUAGAGUUUCUGCUGAAAUGGAAGGGCUUCUCAGAUGAGGAUAACACAUGGGAGCCGCAAGACAACCUGGACUGCCCCGACCUUAUUGCAGAGUACAUGCAAAAACACAAGGAGAAGGAGGAGAAAAAGAAGGAGGGCAAGAGGAAAGUUGUCAGUGAGGCCUCGGGAGACUCGGAGGAGCGAGGGAGCAAGAGGAAGAAGGAGGAGGGUGAGAAGGCCCGAGGUUUUGGCAGAGGUCUGCAGCCGGAGAGGAUUAUUGGAGCGACAGACUCCAGUGGAGAGCUGAUGUUCCUCAUGAAGUGGAAAAACUCGGACGAGGCCGACCUGGUCCCGGCCAAGGAGGCCAACGUCAAAUGUCCCCAGGUGGUCAUCUCCUUCUAUGAGGAGCGCCUCACCUGGCACUCCUACCCCACAGAGGAGGAGGAGAAGAAAGAGGAGGAGAAAAAAGACUAGAUGAGUGGAGGUGGAGGAGGAGGAGGAGGUGCAAAGAGGAAAAGAAAGAGGAUGGUGCAGGGCGGGAAAUCAACUAUUUGCUGGUGAACUGUUAAUUGCCGGCAUUUGAUUCUGGCAGCCACUCUGGCAGCGAGAGUGGAGGAAAUCCAGACCGUUGGGAUUGAACUGCCAAUGUAGUUGACAGAGGAAAGCCGUUUGGUUUCCUGCCCUGGAAGGGGACUGGAGUCCUUUCCUCAAAAGAUGUUCCCACCAGUAUCUUGACUGAAAAUGUAAUUUUUGUUUUAACAGGUAUGUUGAAACUUAGUGUUUCUCUCUUUUUUAAUGUUUUUCCCUCAUCAAGAACAUGUCACCUUAUGGGAAAUGGUGCCUUUCUUCUGCUAGUAUUCCUCCUUGGCGUCUCAAGCUGAAUAUUAAACUAAAUACAGUGAAAAAUGACUAUAAAAGUAUUUGUCCCCCACAUUUGGUGACAGGUGCCUGGUGUUGGAAACACAGGGUUACAACGGAAGCUGUCGAGCUACCUCUUUAACAUGUGAAGCGAGCUGAAUGUUUGGCCGUGGCUGGCAGGUUUGUCUCUCCUCCCAAUCACCAAUCCUCAUUGACCUAGGAGAGCAUUCACUUCCCAUCAUGCUUUGCCAGGAUACAUUGGAGGGAACCUCUUUUGGAACGGAAUGAAGUGAGGCGGGGUAUUAUGGGGGAGGGAAAGAAUGAACAAAAUCCAUUUGUCUGUUUCAGUAUCGGUUCCCUUUGUGCCACCUGAGUUCUCAUUAUUUUCUAUGUUCUUUUAAUUGAACUUUUGAAACGCCAAAUUACUGUACACUCUACGCUUCCCUUUGACAUGGGCAGUUUGGACAGAAGAGUUGCAUCUAUGUGAAAAGUUUUUUCCUUGCGCGUCCUACCAGCCAGUGUGGCAGCCAACCAGCCGGUGUUAAAAUGCCCCAAUCUUUAAGUCUCCUUCCUGGCCAAUUCUUGUAUUAAAACUAAUAACCAA